GCCUGAGACCUUUUCUACGGGUAAUGGGGUUCCUGUCAAUUGUUUUUGCUACCAUCCAUGAUCAAACCGAGAACCUCUUCUAGGAAAACUUGUGUCAAAUCAGUGAGACAGACUGUUAUUGACAGUUGGGUAUUAUGUCUUAGUUUUCUUUGAAAGAGUCGCAGUAGACAGCUUUACAUGAUGCAGAGAAAUUCCAGUGCGAUUCAUCAUGAUUUGAUGCAAUUAAAAUCUAAUGGAGCACUAGUUUGGAUCUAAUACGGCUACUUCUUAAAAUGUUUCAGGGCUAUACAAUCUUCUAUCUGGUCCAUUUCAAUCUUGAGAAUAAAACCACCGAAUGAUUCACCGGCCAUUUACUCAAAACCACAUGUUUCCUGUUACUGUUAGCGUUUGCAUGCAGAGAUUAAUUUAUCCGUCAGUCCAAACUACGACUCUAGCGUAAAAAAGAAAGAAGAAAGCGAAAAGAAAAAGAAAAAGAAAAAGAAAAAAGAAAAAGAAAAAGAACAUGGUUUUUUGAAACCCAAACCCCAUUAAAUAAAACCUUAACCCCUUCUCGCACCCAAUUCCGCGCCCAUGUUGCUCCCCUCCCUCCAAUCUCCUCCUCCUCCUCUCCGCCGCCCCUCCUUUCCCUACCUCCAUCCAUCCCCCUCCCUCUCCCGAAACCCUGCCGUUCUUUCUCCUCGAACCCUCAUCACCCGCCGGCCGCUCUUCUUUCGCCUCCGCAGCCGUCCUCCCGCUGCCCUUCCCGCUACCGACCAGGAGCUCCUCAAGGCCCUCGUGGGAUCGUCGGACGACGCCGUCGAUGAGGCCAGGACCCACCUCCCCGCCGUCCGGUCGUACGAGGGCGAUCUCGCUCGUCUAACCCUUGUUGGAGCCGUCAGCUAUGACCAGGCCCUCACCGCCGCCGCGGCCGAUGGCGGCGAUGCCGCCGAGGAGCACCUCUCCUCUGGGAAAUCCACCAUGGUCGUUGAGGCAGUGUACCCCGGCAGCGCCGACGAGCACAGUACGGUCUCCACCAGACUGUUUUUACCAGCUAAGAAGGUGAAAGAAAAGGCUAAGACGUUGAGGAGUAGUCUCACUGCACAUAUCCUGUCCAGCAGUCCUACUGUUUCAAAUAAUAUACUUGCUAUGACCUUUAGACAAGUUGUGUUGCAACGAUUGUGGAGUUUCCAACUCUCAUUGUUCGGCCCAGGAACCAAGAGGAACAUGAAAGAUCUCGCCAGCCCUAGAGAGGUUCCAACAGACGUUGCUGUGAGUUCAUCAGAUGAAAGAUUUCUUUCAUCUCUUGCUGAGGCCAUUUGUUCUUGCGUUCUAGAGGAUACUGAAGCAAAUUACCAUGGACGAGUGGGUGAUUUGCCGUCAAAUAGUAUAUUUGGUUGGCUUCAGAAGCCCCGACAGAACUGCUCAAUUGAUUCGUCCAUUUGUAUAAACAGAAUUUCUGAAGGUGAGAUAUUGAGAAAUGCAAGGAAACAUGUGGACAAAUUUAAUCUGGUUAAGGGGAAGUCUUUAGAUAGAGGGAGGAAAAUGAAGCAUCGUUGGUGGGCACCACCUAGUUAUUCAAGCUUGGUUAAAUAUCGAGGUCCUGGAUUCAGUGAUUGGACAAGUGAGUUCAUUCCUGCUUACAGGCUGCAAAUUAAUCAUACAUUUAAGGAUACAAAGCUGGAAGGAUGGCAGAAAUUAGCUGAUAAUAGGUGGGAAGUCCUUUUAACCCACUUCCAAAUGGUGGAACUGGCAAAUAUUCUUGACAUGUAUUAUGAAGACCGGUACACAUUACCGGACAAACAACUUUCUUAUAACUUGGUUACAAAAUCAUCAAAUGUCUCGAGGAAUAAGAGUUCUGCAUGGAAAAUGAUAUUUGUUACCUUAGCUGGUGGAUUCAUUGUUCUUUUGAUCAGUGUUCUUGCUCAAGUAUGCUGGCCUCACCUUCAAAAAUCUAGAAAAGCUUUGGAGCAAAAUACUUCCGUUUCAUUGUCUGAAACUGACUGUUGCCAUCUGCAGCUGCUUGAAGCUGCUGAGCUAGAAGCUUUGUGCGUAUCAGUUGUCAAGAAGAUCAAAGAUGCACUUGGUUGGCCUGGGGAUAUAAUGUUUGAUGCAAAUCUUGGCGCAUGGACUGGAAAACUUCCUCAUUGCUUGAGGAAUAACGAUCUCAUUUCGCAUGCCAUUUAUGGUAGUAGAGAAGAUGCUACAUAUUGUCCUGGUGAUGUACAAACCAAUGCAGAAUUAUCUACCAGUAUAUCUUCUUAUGAGACAAUUAAUGCGGAUGCUCAGUUGACUGCACAGGAUAUUGCUAGUUUUCAGGUGGUCUUGUCAGGAGAUGGAAAGAUAAUGGGGUUUCAGCCAACAAGCCGUGUAGCUGUAAAUAAUUGGGCCACCAAUCCCCUAGUAAAGGAAUUGUAUGGGGGACGAAAGCUUUCCCCUGGUCUUUUAGAGCCAACCCUUAAAAUUCCUCGUCCGCAUGAGGUUGUUCUGAUUGAGUUGUUGAUGUCAGUAACUCCGGAAUCCUCAUUUGCAUUGGCAAGGCCAAUUGAGCAAUCACGCUAAGUAAAAGUACCGUAGUUUAUGUAUAUUUUGGUGUUCAACGAUAGGCAUUAUUAAUGGCAGGAAGCUCGUGGUCGUGUCUUAAAAAAGUGGUGCCCUCUGUUAUUUGAAGUUCAAAGGGAAAAGAGGAGGAAGGAACAGCUGCUUUCGUUUAUUUUUUUCAGGGAGUCGGAUUACGGUCCUAUGCUAAUGGUUGUCCCAGUUGUAAUGAGAGUGACAAUAUUCCCAUGAAUACUCUUUGUAUGAUGGUGCACAUUUUUCUCAAUCCGAGUGAAUCUCAAUGCGAGUUCAAGUAGGAUCAGCCUUCUAUUCAUCAA